AUGGAAGAUAGUUUUCUUCAAACCGAGAAUCCGGUUAUGGACAGUGAGUUUAUGGAAGGAUUGUUACUAGAUGGUUGCUGGUUAGAGACAACAGAUGGAUCUGAGUUUCUUAACUUAACUCCUCCAACUUUUGAUCCAUCUUCUUUCAUGUGGUCUCCACCAACUCAAGAUACUUCAGCAAUCUGCACAUCAAGAGUAGUAUCAUCUCAUAUGUACGGUCAGGAUUGUGUCGAAAGAUCGAGUUUUGAUGAGUCUCAAUGGAACAAAAGGUGGUGGAUUGGACCAGGAGGUGGUACUUCUUCAGUUACUGAGAGAUUGGUUCAAGCAGUUGAGCACAUUAAAGAUUACACAACUGAGAGAGGCUCACUUAUACAGUUAUGGGUUCCGGUUAACAGAGGCGGUAAGCGGGUUUUGACUACAAAGGAACAACCUUUUAGCCAUGAUCCGUUGUGUCAGAGACUUGCAAACUAUAGAGAGAUCUCUGUGAACUAUCAUUUCUCCGCUGAGCAAGAUGAUUCCAAGGCCUUAGCUGGUUUGCCUGGAAGGGUUUUCUUGGGGAAGCUACCUGAAUGGACUCCUGAUGUUAGGUUUUUCAAGAGCGAGGAGUAUCCGAGAGUCCAGCACGCUCAGGACUGCGAUGUCCGUGGAACGCUGGCGAUUCCAGUGUUUGAGCAAGGUAGUAAGAUUUGCUUGGGUGUUAUUGAGGUUGUGAUGACCACUGAGAUGGUUAAACUGAGACCUGAGCUUGAAAGCAUUUGCAGAGCACUUCAGGAAGUUGAUCUUAGAAGCACUGAAGUUCCGAUUCCUUCGUCUCUGAAGGGAUGUGACUUAUCUUACAAAGCUGCAUUACCCGAAAUCCGAAAUCUCUUGAGAUGUGCUUGUGAGACGCAUAAACUACCUUUAGCUCAGACAUGGGUCUCUUGUCUCCAGCAAAGCAAAAGUGGGUGCCGUCACAACGAUGAGAACUACAUCCAUUGUGUGUCAACCGUUGAUGAUGCUUGCUACGUUGGUGAUCCAAAAGUCCGUGAGUUCCAUGAAGCUUGCUCUGAGCACCACCUCUUGAAAGGCCAAGGAGUUGCAGGACAAGCCUUUUUGACCAAUGGACCUUGCUUUUCCUCUGAUGUAUCUAACUACAAGAAAUCUGAGUACCCUCUCUCUCACCAUGCUAAUAUGUAUGGUUUACAUGGCGCGGUUGCAAUACGCUUGCGCUGCAUCCACACGGGCUCUGCUGAUUUCGUCUUGGAGUUCUUUUUGCCUAAAGACUGUGAUGAUCUAGAGGAACAGAGGAAAAUGUUGAAUGCUCUUUCGACUAUUAUGGCACAUGUACCUAGAAACUUAAGGACUGUUACAGAUAAGGAACUAGAAGAAGAGAACGAAGUGAUAGAGAGGGAAGAGAUAGUAACGCCAAAGAUAGAGAACACAUCGGAACUACAUCAUCAGAACCAAAGCUCCUCAUGGAGCGCCUCCCUCGAAGAAAUCCAGCGGAGUAAUAGUAGUAGUAAUCUUCAGAAUCUUGGAAUAGUAUUUGAUGGAGGAGACAAGCUCCCAAAUGAUGGGUUUGGCUUGAAAAGAGGUUUUGACUACACCAGAGAUUCUAAUGUCAAUGAGAGCGGCAUUUUCUCUAGCGGCGGUUUCAGUAGGAUGGCUGAGAAAAAGCGUACAAAAGCAGAUAAAACCAUCACUUUGGAUGUUCUUCGACAGUAUUUCGCAGGGAGUCUGAAAGAUGCAGCCAAGAAUAUUGGUGUUUGUCCAACGACCUUGAAGAGAAUAUGCAGGCAACAUGGGAUACAGAGAUGGCCUUCAAGAAAGAUCAAGAAAGUGGGACAUUCUCUACAGAAGAUUCAACGGGUAAUUGAUUCGGUUCAAGGUGUUUCGGGUCCUCUUCCAAUCGGGUCUUUCUACGCAAACUUCCCCAAUUUAGCCUCACAGUCGCAAGAACCAUCACAACAAGCCAAGACCUCGCCGCCUCCUCCGCCACCAUCGCAGCUUGCAAAGUCCCCUGUUUCCUCAUAUAGUCACAGUUCAAACUCAAGCCAAUGUUGCUCCAGCGAAACACAACUAAACAGCGGUGGAACAACCGAUCCUGCUUCAGCUAAUGUAGAAGGCAUGUUCAAGAAAACGAACAGCGAAAUUGAACUUCAAAGUUCGAGUCUUGAUGAGACGGUAUUGACUCUCUCUAGUUUAGAAAACAUUCCUCAAGGCACAAACUUGUUAUCAUCUCAAGAUGAUGACUUCCUGAGGAUAAAAGUCAGCUACGGAGACGAGAAGAUCAGAUUAAGGAUGCGGAAUUCGCACAGGUUAACGGAUCUAUUAUGGGAGAUCGGGAAGCGGUUUAACAUAGAGGAUAUGAGCAGGUAUGAUCUAAAGUACUUAGAUGAAGACAAUGAAUGGGUUUUGUUGACUUGUGAUGAAGAUGUAGAAGAGUGUGUAGAUGUUUGGAGAGCCACACCGAGUCAUACCAUUAAGCUACUGCUUCAGGUUUCUUCUAAUCAUUUCCCUGAACGUUCUUCACCUACAGGAUACAGUUUAUGGCACUAA